GGGGUGGAGGGGUGGGGGGUAAAUGGGGUCCUGCACGCAAAGCAGAAAGGCGCUGAAACUGCGGAGAUUCACAUCGGUUCAGCUGCGGCGAGCAGAGGGAGGCGCGCCUUUCAGAGACACAAACGUGUUUUUUACUACAGUUUAAUGAAAACCGUUCCCGACUCUGUGUUGGCUUUCACUUUCUGAGUGUGGGUGCGCGCGCGCUUGCUUCAGUGGAUGCUGAGGUGAAGGCGAGACUCUCUGCGCGCUUUGGCCGUUUCAUCCAAGCGCACCAGGACGCACGGCGCAUCUCCGCUGAGGCACGAGUGGAGUGGAGAGGAAAGAAUAGAUCGGUUUGGAGUUCCAAAACAUGGAUUUAUUACCUCAGAGUUCUUGAGAACCCCUGUGGGCAUACUUUGAUAUCAUUUUUUUCUUCUUCAUCAAUUCUCUCUCCCUGGCGCGCAACAGAUGACAGUCCUCCUCUCUGAGACGUGUGGAUGUUUUUCCAAGGGAAUAGCCUUCAUCACUGCGUGGAUAACGGAUCCCUGACGCAGUCCGGCUUUUUUGGCCCAUAUGUGGACCCCAUACAGGAUGUUACAGUCUAAGCGGCCCAGGCAUCAUUGGGCCACCGUACACUACCACCACCACAUAACACCACAUAGUUGGGCGUCCUGUUUCGUGUAGGAAUUAUCCACACUCCAGCUUCUGCCUCUGUCUGGAAAAAGGCGAGGAAAAAGUGAAAGAAAGGGAUUCGGUGAACAUUGACAUUGGCUUUACAAGUCUCACCUCUGGGCUACUAUGCAAUUACAAGUCAUCUCCUUUGUUUUGAUCAUCUUGCACUGCAUGGAUUCCACUGGUUGUCAGCCGCACAGCAGCUCCAGGCACCCGCAGCAUAAAUCGAUCUCUGGAGUGAGCUCAGGGUGCCAGCAGGGUGGCUGCCUGACCUGCUCUGACUAUAAUGGUUGUCUAUCCUGCAAGCCACGCUUCUUCAUGCAUUUGAAGAGGAUCGGGAUGAAGCAGAUUGGAGUGUGCAUGACUUCCUGUCCACCGGGCUUUUAUGGUACUCGCUCCCCUGAGAGAAACACCUGCACAAAGUGCAGGUCGGAGUGUGACUCCUGCUUCGACAAGAACUUCUGCACACGCUGCCGAGCAGGAUUUUACCUUCAUCUGGGCAAGUGCCAGGAGAACUGCCCUGAUGGCAUGGUUCACAACGACACACAGAGGGAAUGUGUUCUCAGCUGCCCUGCAGAGUGUGAGCUGUGUGUGAACAGCGAGACGUGUACGCGGUGCAAGCAAGGGUUUUACCAAUUAAAUGGAAGAUGCCACCACAUCUGUCCAGAAGACUAUGAGCCUAAUGACAGACUUAUGGAGUGUACACCUCAAGUGCACUGCCAGGUGGGUGAGUGGAGCGAGUGGAGGCCCUGCAUGAGAUCCAGCAAAGUCUGCAAUCGACGGGGCCAGGAGGCCCGCACAAGACAGAUCCUUCAGACACCAUCACAGUUUGGCAGACCCUGCCCUUUGACCACAGAGGUCAAAGAGUGUCUGGUUAAGAAGAAGAGAUGUUCAGGAGGGAGGAGAAAUCCCGUGCCAAAAGGGCGACGGAAUCGCAAAAAUCGCAAAGACAAGGAAAGCGACGAGGGGAGAAGGGAGAGGAAGAGAGGACGGGAGCGGGACAGGGGUGUAGGCGAACGGGAAAACUCUGAGAACAGGAACAAAACUGAGCACAGACACCACAGAGGCCACAACACAGAGACUGCCUCCACCGAGCACAGCCUUGUGCAGUAGUGCCGUGAACUGACAUUUAAAGGCUCCUCCUGUUAGCUUCCCAUCCUUCCAGCUCCACAGCAUCCCCCAACCUCACCCACAAUUUCCCCUCUUUAACCCCUCUGUUUCCGGGGUUAUGCUGCUACCUGUAUGAUUUGAACAGACUAUUUAUGCACCAGUGUGAUGGGGCUUGUUCAGCCACAAGGCUUUAGCCACUACGGACUAUGUAAAGUCUUCUAUUUUCCUAUCCAGUAGUCUGACCUUCACCUCUUCCAGAGUGUCUCCUCUGAAAACCACGAGACUGAGAAACAUUGAGAACUAUUUCAGAUGGAUGUACCGAGAGACACAUGUGCUUGUUGAUAUAGUUAUUUAAAGGGACUCUGGUACAUAAUUGUACAUCUUGGUUUUUUUGAAUGUAGAUUUUGCAGCAUUAUGUAGAACAAUUAUUGUUGUACCUGUUCUUUAGAUCUUCCUAUCUUGUCCAUAAUUGAUAGAGAAAAAAAUGGAUUUGGUUUUGCCCCAUUCAUUUUCAAACUAACAGAUGUAAGGCAGCUUGCAUCCUGUAACUUAAACAAGUCCAAAAAGUAUAACGGUGUCAAUUUUGCAGAAAAGCUACAUUUUUCCAGAUAAGUGAAUCAAAUCUACAAGUUUUUUUGUGUAAAUGGAUUUUGUGCUCAUCCACUACAAACCAAAAUUAACUGUAUGUCAAAUAAACUAUGAGUUUGUACCCAU